AUGCCACACGGAACGUCUGCUUGGUGCGUUCUGACUGUCCAUCCGACUGAGGACGCUGAGACGGGAGCUUGUGAUCCCGAUCGCAAUGUGUGGUAUAGAGCCGGCAGCGUGAAAAAUCCGCUGUUGGUAUGUUCCGAAGGCGCGGGCGUCCGCGAGAGAAAUGUGUCUAGACUCACCGGCGCUAAGAAACACAACAGAAGAAAUCCUUCAAGGAGAAGAGUGAUAAUUCAGAGCAACGAUUACGCCCCCGCGUCUUUAGAGCCAGAGCCGAAGAAGGCAAGCCCACGGAAACCCGGGAAGCCAGAUGUCCAUGCCAAACCUCUAAGGUUAAAACGCAAAACCCUCGAACCGGAAUCCGACGAAGAGAAGGCAGAUGAUGGGACUGGAGUGUCAGGUGCGGUAGAGUCUAAGAAGGCCAAGACGGGAACUGAAGGCAUGAAAGGACGCCUCGUGCGUGCACCUGUGAAACUGUCUGAAGGCUCAGAAGACGAAGAGGAGGAACAUGAGUGCAAUGAGUUGCAGAAUGCUACGACCAAAAGACUCGUGCCUCAUCUGAAUAAGGAAGAUAAAUUGGUAAAGAGAAAGAAGGUGGAGAUCGAGGAGAUCGAGACCAAAGCUGGCGAUUUCCGCGAAGAUCCGGACGCCAUGUUGUGA